AUGAAGAGCGGUAGAUGCGUUUACAGCGGGUCGCGAGAGUUUGCUUUGGGGGCACUCGAAGCAACUUCUGACACCCAGCUUGUCAAUCCCGGCAACCUGCUGAUGGAUCAAGUGAAUUCUUUGGGUUUCAACCAUAUCGAGCCUGAAAAGUCAGACACUACAGACUUGUCCGAUGGCUCAUCUGCAGGCAUGAUGGAAUCUGCUGGCGACUUUGAAGAGCUGGCGCCCUUCAGUCACCGCUUCCUGGCUUGCACCAUGGUAACCUGGUUGUGUCUCCGUGAUCGCACGUUGUUGUGGAUGCUCUUUUUGUUUGUCCCUUUGGCUACCUUGUUCAUGUCACUCUACAAUGUUGGCCCAUAUACAGCGCCCCACGAAGCAAUUGUGAUGAUUGUCAUGCUCGUGUCUGCGCCGGCGGGCUUAGUGGUACAGACCACUGCAACCUCUCGGUUUUCCGCGCUUCUCCCGUUGGUCAACAUGAAACGUUGCGGAUUGUAUAGCGGAGUCGAAUACUCAGUCCAGUUGCUGUUUUUCUACACGUUCCUUUCCCUGGGAAUGACCCUUGUGGUGUACACCAGCAGUCUACUUUGUUGGUUUGGUUGA